AUGUCGAUGCUGAUUUCCGAUGACGAUGUUGAUGGCCUGGACUUCGAAUCGAUCGAUCUUGAUGAUGAAGAACCGCGUCCGAGACACUUCAAACAAACAGGAAAGCGCAAGGCCCAACCCAGUCACGACAAUGACGACGCAAGCAUGCCCCGAGCAGUGCGCCAACGACCCGGAUUGGAAGAGUCAAGUGCGCCGGAUGACCUCUCUUCACGUCGAGCCAACGAAGAUGAAGAAAGGAAGUCUGUUGCAUUGUAG